AAAAAAAACAAUGGAAGAAGAAUUUUCAUACUUGAUAGUAUUAGCAGAUAGAAUUCGAGACGCAGUAAAAGAAACGGAAUCAUUCAAGCUUGAAUGUUUACAAGUAAGUAAACAAGUUAAUCAUUUAUCUCUAAUGUUUCGUUCCGUCAUUCGAUUAUCAACAAACACUGCUAUUACUACUAAUACUAAUCAGUCCUCAUUUUACGAGCGUCCAGUUCGUCGUAUAAUCUCAGAAGUGACAAAAACUUUAGAGAAAACAUUGACACUGGUACAAAAGUGCCGUCAAGGAAAUUGUUUCUUUCACUGUCUGACGAUUACGAUAACAUCAGCGGCUGAUUUCCGUAAAAUAUUUAUUCUUUUGGAUACUUCGAUUGGUGAUUUAGAAUGGGUAUUAAGUGUAUAUGAUGUCAAUUCACUUGAUUCCAAUGGUAUUGUUCUUUCAUUACCUCCUAUUGCCUGUAACGAUCCGAUUUUAUCAUGGGUGUGGUCUUUCAUUGCUGUUUUGCAUAUGCCUUCAUUAUCUCAUCGUAUCGAAGCCGCCAAUGAACUUUCUUCUCUAUCUAAGGAUAAUCACCGGAACAAGAAGAUUAUUGUCGAAGAAGGAGGCAUACCUCCAUUACUUAGAAUGUUAAAACAAGGGUCUUCGUCGCCUGAAUCCCAGAUUGCUGUAUCUAAUGCUUUAUCUAAUUUAGCUACGGAUCGACGGAGGAUUAGAACGAUUCUAUCUGAACAUGGUGCACCUAUAAUUGUUCAAGUGCUUACGGAGUCUACAAUGAGUGUUCAGAUUAGUGUUGCUAAUUUGGUUUCGAAAAUGGCGAAAAAUGAUCCUUCUGCUCAGGAGGAAUUCGCUAGAGAAAAUAUUAUCAGACCGCUUGUUUCUGUGCUUUCUUUUGAUACUUUUCUGGAGGAACCCAAGCCUCAACCUCAGAGGCCUACUAGUUUCCAUUCUCUGGUAAGGAUUAAUAAGGAUUUGCAAGGAGGAGGGAAAUCCAAUGUGGGCAUUGGUCGUAGCGGGACGCAUAAUAAUAAUAAAUAUGAAAAGGAAAAUGAAAGUCCUGAUGUGAAGCUCAAGCUGAAGAUUAAAUGUUCUGAAGCAUUAUGGAUGUUGUCAAGAGAGAGUAUAUCAAACAGCAGGAGAAUUACGAAGACGAAAGGACUGCUUUGUUUGGCAAAGAUCAUUCAGAAAGAAAGAGAUGAACUGCAAAUGAAUUGCUUAAUGACAGUUAUGGAGAUCACUGCUGCUGCAGAAGCAAACGCAGACCUAAGGCGAGCAGCCUUCAAGACAAAUUCCCCAGCUUCAAAGGCAGUUACGGAACAACUUCUGACAUUAGUUCAUCAGGAAAAUAGUCCGUCAUUGCAAAUUCCUGCUAUAAAAUCAAUUGGAUCGUUGGCGCGAACCUUCCACGCUAGAGAGACCCGAGUUAUAAAACCCGUUGUGCUUCAGCUGUGUAACAAGAACCUGGAUGUUGCAACAGAAGCUGCAAUUGCCUUGGGAAAAUUUGCUUGCCCGGAGAAUUUCCUCUGUGCAGAGCAUUCUAAGACAAUCAUCGAGUAUGGUGGUGUCACGCCUUUGCUGAGACUAUUGAGGCCUGGCCACGAUCGAGCGCAGAUACAUGGCUUAAUUCUGUUGUGUUACUUGGCACUGAAUGCAGACAGCGGUGAGGGUCUUGAGAGAGCACGGUCAGCGCUAGAAGGCGCAGCUGGCUCCUCUGUACUGAUGCAAAACUACCCAUCUCUGAGAGAUUUGAUUCCAGACGCCAUUUCCCACCUUGCGGUGUAUGAGAGUGGAGUUUAUACUCUCAUGCAAUCUUAUACCAUUUGAAUUUUCUUGUCUGGGCAAGUUAUGAAUGUAGAACCGUAGAUAAAUUUGUAAUGGAGAAAUUUAGUUGGUUUGCAAAAAGCAUAAUAAGCUUAUUUUCUCCGGCAA